AUGGCAGAGCCAAAUCUGUCCGGGCUAGGCAGAAUGGGCUCUUCGAAGGAGGACCAAAGAAGUACCGAUAACAGUGAAACUAAUGACGACGAAAAUGCAAGCGGAGAGACCGACGCGAACGGAUGGAGGUGGAGCGAGCCUUCGAGUGGUGGUGGCAUCGCUUCGUGGCCGAACAGAGAGGCUGGACGGUUUCGUUUAAGCUCAUGUCGGCCAGACGAAUGGCGCCGAUCUGACAGAAUCUGUCACGUCAGAACUGCAUCUGCACUGACACAGCGUGCAUUGUCCGGUGGCAAGGAGACCGUUUUCGGCCUGUAUCGAGGUCGAAGUGUAGAGUCUGUGUUGCCGAAGACUGACGUUUUGCCAAGCCUUUGUCGCGGCUGCUGUCAACUCGGCUUGACGGACAGCCACUUGACGCGGGAGUUCGUUCGGUCAUGUCACCCGUCGAGAAGGCCUCAGUCCGGCCGUGACAACCUGUGA